CACAAUUGCUGCUAUACAUCACAACACACCGACACAAUGGCGCGAUCAGGCAGAAGCAGUCAGCGCAAGAAGCAGUCCGCUUCGGACAAGCAGAUGGCGAAGAAGAACGAUGGCGCGCCCAAGAGUAUGGUCAUUCGUAUUGGCGCGCAGGAAGUUGGAGGAGCCGUGAGCCAGUUGGUGCAGGAUGUGCGCCAUGUUAUGGAGCCUGAUACGGCGGUACGACUGAAGGAACGCCGCGCAAACAAGCUCCGCGACUACACCACCAUGUGCGGCCCCCUCGGUGUCUCUCACCUUCUUCUCUUCUCGCGCUCAGAGUCCGGCAACACCAACCUGCGUCUGUGCCGCACCCCUCAUGGCCCCACGCUGCACUUCCGCGUGGAGAAGUAUUCGCUGUGUAAAGAUAUUGCCCACUCGCUCAAGCAUCCACGCACCGACCUCACAGCCUUCUCAACGCCCCCUCUCCUCGUCAUGAACAAUUUCCUCACCUCCGAAACUACGCGCGAAACACUAGGCGACGCUGCCCCCCCUAAGCAUCUCGAGAAGCUUGUCACCGACAUGUUCCAAGGCCUCUUCCCACCGAUCCAACCGCACACCACGCCCCUACACACAAUAAAGCGUGUACUGCUCCUGCACCGCGAGCCCCCGAAUCCCGAAACUGGCUCCGUCGCAAUCUCCCUGCGCCACUACGCUAUCACUACAAAGGUCACGGGUCUACCCAAGGCUCUGCGCCGCCUACACGCUGCUGAAAAGCUCAUUGGUGGGAAAGACAAGAAGAAGAGCAGGCUGCCCGAUCUCAGCAAGCUUCAAGACGUCGCAGACUACAUGCUGGACCCCAGUGCGGGCGGCUACACAAGCGCGAGUGACACGGAGGCAGACACAGACGCUGAGGUCGAGAUUAGCGCGCCGGUCAAGCAGCGCGUUCUCUCGCGGCGCGCGAAGGAGCGCCUUGCAGCUGGUGACGAGAGUGCACGCCGAACGGUUGCACAGGGUCCACGUGUUGAGAAGCGCGCGGUCAAGCUGGUCGAGCUGGGGCCGCGUAUGAAGCUCAGGCUCACCAAGGUUGAGGAGGAUGUGUGCACAGGCAAGACCUUGUGGCACGAGUUCAUCACGAAGAGCAAGGCGGAGCAGCAGGCCAUGGAGAAGAAGUGGGCGCAGCGCAACGCGCAAAAGGCCGAGCGGAGGAGGAUCCAAAAGGAGAACGUCGAGAAGAAAAAGGCUGCCAAGGCUGCGAAUGGCGAGCAGGGAGAAGAGGAUGAGGAUGAGAUCGAGGGCGAGGAGGAUAGUGAGAUGGAUUACGACGAGUACGAUAUGGACGACGAUGUCUGGCACGACGAAGAUGGUGCGGCCGGCGCGUCAGACGAGGAGAUGGAGGACUGAAAAGCGCUAUACACGUCUAAUGAUACCCUUUCGACAGUUCACAAACAUCCACACGCAUUCACACUCACCCUGCAGCUUUCGGCUUCACCCGCCUCACAAUGACUCUUCCACCCUCCUCCAACUCCCAUCCCACCCCGUCCUCCACCAGUCCGUCCC